CAGCCGGGAGCCUGGAGCUGGCUCUAGCAUAACGUGGGGGUUUCCAAGGCCCUGGAGAAAGUGGGGUGAUGCAGCAGGGGGCACACCCACAGCUGGAGCUGACCCAGAUGGACAGCUUGGGCUCUGCCACAUGGGACUAGGCAAGGAAGGGGCACGAACAAUCAGGAAGUGGCAAGGCAGUUUCCAGCUGGCUUCUCUCCCCUGUCCAGACUUUGGUUUCCUCCCUGCCGGCCUGGCCUGGCUCUGUGUGGUAUGGUCACACCCCCACCACCCCCUCCACUGAGUUGGGGCGGGGAGAGCACUGAGGCUGCUCUUCCUUUCCUGGGCCGACCUCUGAGCAGCAGACGGGGCUAAGUGUUCCCCAGCUCGCCUUUACACACAGCCCGUGCCACCGCAGCCGACGGCACCAUGAAGGACGAGGUAGCUCUACUGGCCACCGUCACCCUCCUGGGAGUCCUGCUGCAAGCCUACUUCUCCCUGCAGGUGAUCUCGGCGCGCAGGGCCUUCCGCGUGUCGCCGCCGCUCACCACCGGCCCACCCGAGUUCGAGCGCGUCUACCGAGCCCAGGUGAACUGCAGCGAGUACUUCCCGUUGUUCCUCGCCACGCUCUGGGUCGCCGGCAUCUUCUUUCAUGAAGGUCGGGGUGUGGGGCUGGGGCGCACGCGCUGGACCCCCUGGCGGCCGCGCACCACGCUCACGAGGUCCGCGCGCACCUCUCUCAGGGGCGGCGGCCCUGUGCGGCCUGGUCUACCUGUUCGCGCGCCUCCGCUACUUCCAGGGCUACGCCCGCUCCGCGCAGCUCAGGCUGGCGCCCCUGUACGCGAGCGCGCGCGCCCUCUGGCUGUUGGUGGCGCUGGCUGCGCUCGGCCUGCUCGCCCACUUCCUCCCGGCAGCGCUGCGCGCCGCGCUCCUCGGACGGCUGCGGAUGUUGCUGCCGUGGGCCUGAGACCAAGGCCGCUGGGCCGGCGGAGCCGGGAACGAAGAGCCGGAGCCUCCAGCCGCCCCGGGAAGCGGCGCUCGCCUCCGCAUCCUAGUCUCUAUCAUUAAAGUUCUCGUGACCGAGACACGGGCUGCGUUUUCUGGGGCCGCGGGGGUGCCGCACCGCGGGCUGCGGACCCUGGAGGGGCCCAGCCCAAGCUCGGGCAGCCCGGCGGGCUUUCUAGAGGCGGCGUGGGAGGGGCUGCGAAGGAACGGGACCUCCCCCUGGGGCGGGACUGGAUCCGGUCUUCACCUCCCACCCCACUCCCUACUCAGCCUCUGGGUUACAGGGCCGCCCAGUCCUGCCGGGGUUCACCCUGCUAGCGCUCAGCGGUCUCCUCACCGGUCCCCCUCCUCAGGGGCCUCCCCUCUUCUGACUCUCAGCCUCCCAGUCCCUCGUUCCCUGGCCUUCACAGCUGACACUAGCCUGCAGGCGCGGGGCCCAGCACCUAGCUGUGCAGCUGCGGUGCCACCCACAGCCCGUGGAUCUCUCCUCCGGUGAGGGCAGGGGCCUUUUGGUCAGCACUGGAUCCCCCUUGUUAACUGUAGGUGUUCAGGGCAGCCCUCCCAGGUCCGCAGAGCUGCGGGCACCAUGGGAACAUAGUGACAGGUCUCAAGGAAAUGUCCAGAAGGCUUGGGGAUCCAGGGGAGGCCCACAAAACAAACAAGUGACUUAGCCGAGUAUGCAGGAGAAACGGAGAAAGGAGAGCUUGCCAAGCAGGGGCAACGGUGUGUGCAAAGGCCCUGAGGUGAGCGGGAGACCCUAACGUGCCAGAGGAGUGUGCCGGGAACCCAGGAUGAGGACCAAGCUGAGACACACGGAGGGGAACAAGGAGGCUGGGAAAUGCCUUCAGCUUGAGGAGCUAAGGGAAGGCCUCAUUGCAGGCCUUGGACAUGGGGGAGGCAUUUGGGGGACUUGCUGUGGGUAUUGUGGUCCCGGAUUCUGCGCUGCUUUCACCAGUGAAUUACUGACUUUGCGGCCUGAUCUUAGGAACUGGGGUGAGGUGGCGCCGAGGUGGCACUGCGCCUG